AUGGCGCGGUCAGCUCUUACCGGCCCCUGCGUGGCCCUCAUCCUGCUCUUCUUCGGUUUGACCUCCUGCACUCCCUCCGGCCCGGCCUCCGCCACCUGCGCCACCCUGGAACAGAGUCGCUUCUUCGGUGUAUUCUCCUCUACGACCACCCUGCCCUCCACACCAUGCUCCUGGACCCUGCAGAACCCUGAUCCUCGCCGCUACACCGUCUACAUGAAAAUUACCAAGCCCACCGACUCCUGCGUGCCCCGCCAGAUCAGGACCUUCCAGUUCGACUCCUUUAUCGAGACCUCCCGCACCUACCUGGGCAUGGAGAGCUUCGACGAGGUGGUCAGGCUGUGCGACGCUUCAACCACUGUCACCUACCUGGAGUCAAGCAAGCAGUUCCUGCAGAUUCGCAAAGUGGCACCAAGGAACGGACUGGAGAUUGUGGAGGGAGAGAGUGAUGUCAGCGAUUUCAAGGCCGAGUUUCUGGUCGUGGGGAAGAGGAACCCAAGUAUGCCCGCCUGCCAGAUGCUGUGCCAGUGGCUGGAGAAAUGCCUGUCCAGUAGCACCCAUGAUAAUCCCUGUGGCAUCAUGAACACCCCCUGCCAGUGCUGGGAGGCCCCAAAGAGGAAACCAGGAAGCUGCUACAGGGGCGGUGUCUACGUUGAGAGAUGCCUUCCAGUUCCCAGAGACAAUGGACGCGAUGCUGAGAUUAUCAAGGGCUGGGCUGGUUGGGGCCGCUGGUCCGUAUGCAGCCAGGAAUGUGGCGGCGGAGUCCAGGUGCGCAGCAGAGCCUGCCAGCCCGAGGACAGUGUGUGCGAGGGAACAGUUGAAGAGGGGCGGGCCUGCAACCCUCAGCCCUGCAUUGGUAAGCCCACCUGUCAUUUACGCAACAGGAGCCAGGGUCUGCGGGCCAUCAUUGGUUUGAAGAGAGACAAUGUUGAUGAUACCCACCAUGGAGUUGUUGCAACUCAAACAGACACUAAGACCGACGAGUGGUCCUCCUGGAGUUCGUGUUCAGUCACCUGUGGGGAGGGAUGGCAGAGCCGUACCCGCGUCUGCGCUACUUCCUCCUUCACCACCCAGUGCACUGGACCCCUGCGUGAGAACCGGCCCUGCAACAACACAGUCGUCUGCCCCGUGGAUGGUGCUUGGGAUGAGUGGACCCCCUGGAGCCUGUGCUCAUCCACAUGUGGUCGUGGUUACCGCGACCGUACCCGCACAUGCAAGCUGCCCCAGAAUGGAGGAGAGCCUUGCCGCGGCCCUACAAGACAAACCAAGUUCUGCAACAUCGCUGUCUGCCCAGUGGACGGAUACUGGAACGAGUGGUCUGCCUGGAGUGCAUGCUCUGCUUCUUGCUCUAACGGCACCAUGCAGAGAACACGGGAGUGCAACGGGCCAUCCUACGGCGGCUCUGAGUGCCACGGCAGCUGGAAAGAGAUGAGCAACUGCUUCCUGAAAGACUGUCCCGUUGAUGGACGCUGGCAUGCAUGGAGCUCAUGGGGCAGCUGCAGCAAGACUUGCGGUGGAGGCAUUCAGCAGAGACAGAGAGUCUGUGAGGGGCCUUUCUUUGGUGGAGAACCUUGCCCCGGUGAAAAGGGAGAGCAGAGGCGUUGCAAUGAGAAGAGAUGCCCUGAGCCCCAUGAGAUCUGCCCUGAGCAGAACACUGGAGAUGUUGUGUGGAAGAAAACCCCCGCUGGAGACAUGGCUGCCAUCGCUUGCCCUUCUGAUGCCUCAGGUAUGAUUCUGCGCCGGUGCACCCUGGACGCCGUAGGUCUUGCCUCCUGGGAGAGCCCAACUCACAUCAAGUGUGUCUCUGAGAACUAUGACAACAUUCAGAUGCUGUCAAGGGACUACAUCUCCAAAGCGCAGAUGGGGCAGAGCGUGGACGGGGUCGCUGAGGUGAUUUCACGCCUGAGAUUCUCCUCUGAUGAAGGAGCCAAGUACAGCGGCGACCUCUUGGCCAUCAUGGAAAUCCUGAAGAACACCACCGAACUGUACAAGGGAACCAGGCUGAGACUGAGCAACGCUGAUGUCGCGAAUUACGUCCAGACCAUCAGCAACUUACUGAAGGAGGAACAUCGUGACAAAUGGGAAGAGGCACAGCUGAUGGGUGUCAGCAUUAAGGAGUUCCUCCGCCUUGUGGAGGACUUUGUGAACAUGAUCGGUAUGCAAAUGAGCGGCUUCCAGGACAUUUAUGAAGUCACCGAGAAUUUUGUGCUGAGCAUCCACAAGCGCCCGGCAACUACAAACUCCAACUUCACCUUCCCUGUGAAGGGCUGGAGGGGCAUGUUGGACUGGGUUAGGACCUCCGAGGAGAAGAUCUCAGUUUCCCGUGAUGCUUUGUCCAUUAAACAGUCUGAUGGCAAUGAUGCUUUUGUGACUGGCAUCGUCCUCUACAGAAACCUCGCUUCUAUCCUGUCCUUCCAGAGUAACACCACCCUGCUCAACUCCAAGGUGGUGACAGUGAUCGUCAACCCCACAACAUCUCUCUUGUCGUCCCCCGUUGAGAUCGAGUUCCCCCACCUCCAGAAUGGCACCAUGAAUGAGACGUGCCUCUCAUGGGACGAGAGCGAAGCUUCCUCUCUGCUUGGGUCUUGGUCUGCUCGGAGCUGCAGAUCGGUCCCCGUUCAUUCAUUCAGAACCAAAUGCGUGUGUGACAGCCCCUCCACCUUCGCCAUUUUAGCGCGCAUCAACUUCGACUCGAUCAUGGACAAGGCACUGCUCCCGUCCGUGACUCUCAUCGUUGGCUGUGGGGUCUCCUCUCUCACCCUGCUGCUCCUCAUCAUCAUCUACGUCUCCGUGUGGAAGUACAUCCGCUCCGAGCGCUCCGUUAUCCUCAUCAACUUCUGCCUCUCCAUUAUAUGCUCCAAUGCCCUCAUCCUUGUCGGACAAACUCAGGCUCGCAACAAGGUGGUGUGCACUCUCGUAGCUGCUUUCCUGCACUUCUUUUUCCUCUCCUCUUUCUGCUGGGUGCUGACAGAAGCUUGGCAGUCCUACAUGGCUGUCACUGGUCGUCUGCGCAACCGCAUCAUCCGCAAGCGCUUCUUGUGCUUAGGCUGGGGCCUUCCUGCACUGGUGGUGGCGGUGUCAGUGGGAUUCACAAAAGCUAAGGGAUACGGCACUGUCAACUACUGCUGGCUGUCUCUUGAGGGUGGACUCCUCUACUCCUUUGUUGGCCCUGCUGCAGCUGUUGUUUUGGUGAAUAUGGUCAUUGGUAUUCUGGUCUUCAACAAGCUGGUAUCCAAGGACGGCAUCACCGACGUGAAGCUGAAGGAGAGAGCUGGGUAGGUCUUAUCGAUCUUCUGUGUACACCAGAAUAUUGCGCUUAUCGCCCUCAUCAGUCCCAUUACAGGUGUAUUGAUGAUCGCGUCGCUGUGGAGCUCCUGCGUGGUUCUGCCUCUGUUGGCCCUCACCUGGAUGUCCGCUGUCCUGGCCAUCACCGACCGCCGCUCUGCCCUCUUCCAGAUCCUCUUUGCCGUGUUCGACUCUCUGGAGGGUUUCAUCAUUGUCAUGGUUCACUGCAUCCUGCGUAGAGAGGUUCAAGAAGCUGUAAAGUGCAGAGUAGUUGACCGCAAGGACGAUGGGAAUGGAGACUCUGGCAGUUCCCUUCACAAUGGCCACACCCAGCUUAUGUCUGAUAACGAAAAGGAUGGAGACUCGAGCAGACAAGGAAUGAAGAGCUCCUCUGAAGAGAAGAUGCCCCCUCCUCAGCUGCCUCUCCCCAUGGGCUCCAACUUCCACACCCUGCCAUCCAACCCCAGUAAGAGCCACAUGCAGGCCGUUCCCGAAUAUUCCAGCCACACCCUCACCCUGAAGAGAGAGAAGAGCCGGCUGGCCGGAGGAGUCGACCCAACCUGCGGGAAACCUGUGUACGUCUGCGAGGGGGAGCUCUUCAAGCAGCUGGAUGCCGAUCUCGCUCGGGUUCAGGCCGAGGGCAGCCUCUCUGAUGGCAGCGGCUACGUCCUCAUGCCCAACACCACCUCCACCCUGAGGUCCAAGCCCAAAGAUGACCCGACAAAGUACAACAUCAGCGUGGAGCAGCUGCCGCAGGCAAGGCUGAUGCACCUCGGCGGGCCCUUUGCCGAGCCCCAGGCUGCCUUCGGGAUGAAGUCGAUCCCUCCCGACCAGGUCAGCGUGUCGUACUCAGAGAGAGACUCUCCCAUCCAGAACAUCCACAAUAUGUCCAGCGAGUCUCACAUCACCCACAGCAGCUUGGAGAACACCUUCGAGUCCAUGAACUCCAUGAUGUCCAAGAGUGAGACCAUCUCCACACUGUCCAUGAGCUCCUUGGAGAGACAGAAAUCCCGUUAUGCUGAGUUGGACUUUGAGAAAAUAAUGCACACAAAGAAACGCCACCAGAACAUGUUCCAGGACCUAAACAGGAAGCUACAUCAUGCUGAGAAAGACAGAGAGUCACCUGCCUCUGACAGCAAGUCUGUGAGAUGGAGUGUGUCUUCAGGUGGAAGUGACAAAACGAACCACAGCGACAAACAGCAGGCUCCACUGGAGAGGCCAUGGGAGGGAGUCCGGGGAAUACCGCAGUCGCCCCCUGCAUGGGUGCGCAAAGACCUGGAGCCCCUAGCUGCCUCACCUCUGGAGCUGCACUCUGUGGAUUGGGAGAAAACCAGCACCACCAUCCCUUUAGUGGGGCAGGACAUCAUUGACCUGCAGACAGAGGUCUGAGGGGGAGGGGGGGGGCGAGCGAAGCCACCUGAUUUCACCUCUGUCACCUCUUUGGUUUGGGAAUGAGAUCCUAUAUGGAUAGAGUAGAGGAAACCAAGAAAGGGAGAAAGUGAGAAAGUAGGUCCCACAAUCAAUGUCUUCAAACCCUCAGCCAGAGCAGGAAGUAAGGGAGAGAAGGAGGGAUGGAAGAGUGGAGUUGGUGGUUAUGGGAUGUUUAAUGUAGCUUCUCUGUGUGGACUUAAAAGCAUCUCGAGUCCGAGUGCUCCGAAGGGCGAAGGGUUAGUGGAGCGAUCAGUGGUUUCCAUGGACCAGGACUGGUUGUGGUUCCAUUAAUGCUUCACUUGGGAGUUCACUGAACCCCUUCAGCCUGGGUUCAGAAGAUGUGGUCGACAUGUCUGUGCUUCUUUUUUCCUUCAACUCAACUUUGGAGAAAAAUUUAAUAAUAUUAAAACGGUGUGUCCUCCCUGCUUCUCGGGAGGAACAACCGGAACUCUUGGCUGCUUCUCUACCAGCCGAGUUACCUUCCAAAAUAGGACAAGGCACGAGAGCAUAAGGGAUCAGUUUCAUGUUUGGAGUCCAACACUCUGCACUUUGGUAGAUGGCACACACAUUUUGGUUUUGUGCCGUGGGUUAUUUUAUUUUAGUUUAUUAGUUUGCGUGUUUAUUUGUACUGCUUCAUACCUGGAACUGCUUCAACAUAACUGAAUAUGAGACUCUCUACUGAGAAAAUAACUCUCCUCUACUGGAGAACAGGUUUAAUCAUGCUAAUAGUGCUUCUCACUGUUGUUACCACCAUGGAUAUUAUUAUUCCAAUGAUUACUGUCAGUGUUAUGAUUAUUAUUAUUAUUAUUAUUGUCAUUAUUGAGUUUAUAGUCUAUAUUUUGAUUUUUCAUUCCCCUCAUGACUAUCAGGCACAAGUUCUAUUGUUUUUGUAGACAUAAAACAUUAGGCUCAAAAAAAAAAAAAAAAGCCUCAGUGCAUCUGUAAUGUGUUCUGAGCCCAUAUGGACUGCAUCGGGACAAACAUACUGAGUGGUGAUGGAAGUGGUGGUUAGUUACGCAACAUGUCCUGGUUUCUCCAGCAUUCUGCUUCGAUACCAAAGCACCAGCACCAGAAUGAACACGGACUCUCACAUGGGAAGAGCAGUGCACUCUGGGGAAUGCUGGGUGGAAAAGUUAUGGUGGGUGGAGGGGUUACUGUACCCCACCCCCCCCCACCCCCUCUCAGCUGGCACAAGAUGCAGGCUCUUCCAUGUCGCACGUAUGGAUUUAAGGGGUCAGCGAGACCUUUCAUCAUCGCCCUUUUGUUUCUCAGCCUUGCAGGACUCUUGGACCGAACAGAGGCUCCUGACGCUGAUGUGACUUCCAGUGCAGCGUCAGGUCCUCGAGACUUCAACACAUUUGUGUUUUCAGCCAUCAGUGUGAAAUAGUGCAAUAUGAUGGGUGCUUGAUGCUCAAGCAAGACUGAUAUUAUGAUUUAGGAAGUUUUUUCUUACCAAUGUUUCAAAACUUUUAUACCAUCUUCCUCAUAUUUACGGAGCAUAUAGAUGCUUUAUGAGAAUAUUGUAUUAGUAAUUCAAGGAAUUUAUUCGCUAGAGAUUUGUUAGCACAAGACUCCAUAUUUGGAGCUGUGACAGGUAGAUACUUGUACUUCUAUACAGCAAACAUUAUAUAGAAUGAAUGAUAGCCUAUGAAUAUCUCUAAACUGUGCUUCAGGAUAUUUGUUAUUACUCUCCGCUGUAUAGCGAUGGGUAAUUAAACCUCAUGUCUUCUGUAACGGUGUGUUUUUGAUAACCUUGUCAGUAACUCAACAGUAUGUACUACCAGCCAAUUCCCCUGUCCCUUUGAAUUCCUCUGUCCUGCCCACAGCCCAACUCAUACCUCGAGUUACAUGUAUUAAAUACCCAUUUGUAUCCUAUUGUCACUACACUUUUUAUGUUCUGUUUUACCUUCUGUAAAUGUACAGUUUUCACAGCACAAAAUGAAUGUGACUUAUUUCUAA